GAGAAAGAAAUAGCCACGAUGUUUAUGCUAGAGGUGAAGGAAUUUGAAGAAGCUGUAGUUGCUUCUAUAACUACAAAAGAGAAAGUCAAACAGCGUCCCCAGGCUUUAAACACGAUUGAGUUGAUGCGAGUAGCCAGCUCAGGUCUUGGUGUGGGACCUCAUCAUGCUAUGCAGAUCGCUGAACGACUCUACAUCCAAGGCUACAUCAGUUACCCCCGAACUGAGACUACGCACUAUCCAGAAAAUUUUGAUUUGUUAGGUGCAUUGAAACAGCAGCAGCAUAGCUCUGAGUGGGGAUCUGAGGUGGCAAAUAUCAUAGCAGAAGGGAUGAACAAGCCACGGAAGGGUCAUGAUGCUGGUGACCAUCCCCCCAUAACUCCGAUGAAGCUCGCUAACCGUAGUGACCUUGAUGGAGAUUCCUGGAAGUUGUACGAUUACAUUACUCGUCAUUUUAUUGCCACAGUAUCGCGAGACUGCAAGUAUUUGAGCACAAAGGUGUCAUUCAAAGUUGGGACUGAGACAUUCACUUGCACAGGCAAAACUCUUCUGGAUCCUGGUUAUACCACGGUCAUGCACUGGCAGGCUUUUGGCAAGAAUGAGACGGUUCCUCCCUUUACUGAAGGAGAGAUGGCCAAAAUACAUGAUGUGAAAUUGGUGGAAUGUCAUACCUGCCCGCCAGACUAUCUUACUGAGGCAGAGCUUAUUACGCUGAUGGAGAAGCAUGGGAUUGGUACAGAUGCUUCCAUUCCAGUCCACAUCUCCAACAUCAGCCAACGAAAUUAUGUUACCGUCGCUUCUGGUCGUCGCCUAAUUCCCACACCACUUGGCAUCAUUCUCGUGCAUGGCUAUCAGAAGAUUGACCCAGAGCUUGUACUCCCUACCAUGAGGUCUGCAGUAGAGGAACAACUGAAUCUUAUUUCUCAGGGACAGGCCAACUUCAAUGCCGUAUUGCAGCAUACUGUUGAGAUAUUCAAACAGAAGUUUCUGUAUUUCGUGAAGAACAUCGAGGGAAUGGACCAGCUGUUUGAAGUGUCAUUCUCUCCACUUGCAGCAUCAGGAAAAGCUCACUCGCGUUGUGGUAAGUGCCGACGAUACAUGAAGUACAUCCAGGCGAAACCAUCUCGCAUGCACUGUUCUCACUGUGAUGAAACUUACAAUCUGCCACAAAAUGGGAACAUCCGGAUCUACAAGGAACUCAAGUGUCCACUUGAUGACUUUGAGUUGCUGUCGUGGUCCGCCGGCGCUAAGGGCAAAAGUUACCCUUUUUGCCCAUACUGUUUUAAUCAUCCGCCAUUCCGGGAGAUGAAGAAAGGCAGCGGAUGCAAUUCAUGCAUUCAUCCAACAUGCCCGCAUGGCUUGAACAGUACUGGCAUCUCGAGCUGCGUGGAGUGUGAUGGUGGCGUUUUGGUGCUCGAUCCCGCCUCUGGCCCCAAGUGGAAACUUGGUUGCAACAGGUGUGAUGUGAUAAUUCAUUUGUUUGAUGAUGCACAAAAAGUGACUGUUGAGGAGGGAGUGUGCGUGUGUGGUGCUCAGCUAGUCAAUGUGGAAUACAGACAGGAUAAGACGAAGCUGCCAAAGGAAGCAACUGAGAUGAGCGGUUGUGUUUUCUGUUCACCUUACUUCACCCCGUUGGUCGAGAAACACCGAGCCGUAUCACGACCCCCAGGCAGCCGGGCUCCUCGCGGGAGGAGCGGCAGGGGGCGCAGCAGGGGCAAGCCGAGACCUCCGAAGGACAAGAUGGCUCAGUUGGCAGCAUACUUUGUGUGAAAGACAAGAUGUAGGGGUGUCGGCCCUACGAUCCAACCCCCAACCUGGAGGACCAGGGUAUUUCUCUUAGUCUGGUCCCUACCCUUGACCUGUCCGGCUUGGGAGGCCCUACCGAUAGCAAAGCUACCGCCGGCAUAGCUCUCGGGAUUAUCGGGACACACAAGCCCACCCACCAUGCCAAAGUGGAAAUACCAGCGGGGGAGUUGUCACCUAUCAAUCCAAAUAAUGGUCUACACAUCUGAAAUUGUCCAUUAUCAAUUUCUGUCCUGUCCUGUCCUGGGUGUGACGCGAACUGACUGCUGUGAUGCGAGGCAAUGACGUCAUUUACUAAACCCAUGUGGUAUUACCAGCUGAUCGGGGCAAUGACCUGCCGGUCGCCGAUAUAGUAAGCCAUCUUUGUCAAGGUAAUACUGACCUUUGUUAAAGUUAUUUCUACACACAUUCUGACGAAAACUGUCGCCUUUUCCAUAUGUUUACCGACUCGAGGGGUCGUUUUCCAGGAUCGCGAUGUUAACCUUAGUUUCAGGCAAUCUGUUAACGUGUUCAUGGUAGGCCAUGAACUUACUCGGAAACCUUCUCUUAAUGUGUUCCAAUCAAUGCUAGAAAAAAAUGCAUGUUUCAGUAGCUGCUCAUGACCAAGGCGUGAAGUAGCAUCAUCCAAGAGACCUCUAACCAAGUCACAAUAUGACUGUGAGGUAGUGUUUGUAGGCGUGAGAAAGACUUCCUUCAUUGGCUUCGCCUGCCCUCUGCUCCAUUUUCUCUUGUUUAAGUGCUCCAAGUCCUAAGCAAUUACUUGCUCUGCUGCUGGUGUAUUCUCUGCCCGUGCCUUAUUACAAAUUAGGUUGCUAUGGUAACUAUUUUUACCAGACAGGGGCGUAGUGACAGGAGGCUGGUGACUGUUCCAAAAUGAGGAGUGGGCAUCUCUGACCAGUGUUAUUUUUGUGUAUUUCUUGUGUUUCCAACGCGCCUCAAAUUUUUUUUUCUUCUUCUGGAUCUCGUAACUAAGUGUAAAGUGAAGUUUUUGAAAGAAGGUAUUCCCAAAUUGAGCUAAUAAGAGUAACAAGUUAUAUAUUAUGACGGUUCAUACAGAAGUACUUGGGUUAACUUACCUUGCUUAUAAUGAUUUGCGUCACUGUUGCUUUAAUUUAUUCAGUGAGGCUCUGGCCACAUGCUCCAAUGUAGCUGAGCACAAAGCCUAUAUUGCACGGCGCUGCCAGUUUAGUUCAUUGCAAGACGCUAACUAGUUAAGUAGUAUUUCAGCUGUACGAAGUGAAAUUAAUUACAAAUUGUCGAUGUUUGUCUUGCCCUGUGGACCAAAGUUUCGGAGGAACAUAAUGCCUCACCCAACCCUGAAGAUGGUUGCAGUAUGUUCCUGCGAUACGUUGGUAUCAACGCGGAAUUCCAUACGGCGUUAUAAUCCAGAGGAUCAACAUAGACACCUUCACAGCCGUGAGAACCUCAAAUAUCAUACAUAGUUGCUGAUUUAUGGUUGUUAGUUUUAUUUAUGUGUUUUAAAAUCCGUUUGAGGUUGUCACAUAAAGACUAAACAGCUGUGCGCGAUGCUUGUAACCGCUAACCAAUUCUGAACGAUUUCGCCGGUGUUCCUGAGACACGUUAAAAUGCCAUGUCAUGUGAGGUCACAUAUUGUAAUUUUUUGUAUCCAUUGAUUCCAGCGUAACGAUUGCAUGAAAGCAGUAGUGGUAUUCAAUCCAAGAAAUUCAGUGUGGUAAUAAACAUCUCGAGAUAAAACAAUUUCUGUUAAAUGUUAAUUUAUAUGACGAUAUUUUGUGAACGAAUAUUUUGAAAAGCGUGAGGUUAUGUUUCAAUGUGUCUGUUGUUCAGAUCUUUAACGUUUUAAAACAGUGGUAACUGUAUGUACCAUCCAUUUUGACGUUUAGUAACUCACUAUUUUGUUUACAUUCUGUGUACAGAAUAUGGAAUCAUUUUUCAUUUCAGAAUAAAGAAUUAUUGUACUACAAUCAGUAUUAAAUCCGCUGAUGUGUGUUUCCUUGGAGAUAUGCAUGGAAGAGUGGGUUCUUGAAAGUGAGGGAAAUAAAAAUUUAACAAGUAA